AUGGAUUCAACAGCAUCCCCCAGCAUCCCAACAGGGAACACCUCAGUGGCUCCAGGUCCCGGUGCGCUGCGGUUGGUGGGGGGCCAGAGCCGGUGCGAGGGCCGGGUGGAGAUGAAGGAGGAAGAGGAGGGUGCAUGGGGCACGGUGUGCGAUGAUGGAUGGGACCUGGUUGAUGCCGACGUCGUGUGCCGGCAACUACGGUGUGGCCGUGCCGUGAGCGCCCGCGGUGAUGCCGUUUAUGGCCGGGGUACCGGCUCCAUCCUCCGGGAUGAAAUGGGGUGUAAAGGGCACGAGGAGCACCUGUGGGAAUGCCCUGCGGCGCGGGAGCACGACUGCAGCCAUAAGGAGGAUGCUGGUGUGGUGUGCUCAGAGCAUCACCAGUGGCGGUUGUCAGGGCGACGGGAUGGAUGCGCCGGCCGGCUGGAGGUGCUGUUCCGUGGUACAUGGAGCACCGUGUGUGACAGCGCCUGGUACGAGCUGGAGCGCCGGGUGCUGUGCGGCUCAUUGGGAUGUGGGGUCCCAAUCCGGACCCUAUCCUAUGGGCACACGCUGCCGGGGAGGAUGUUCUACAAGUGUGAGAGCCUCCAGCCAUCGCUGGCCUAUUGCCACUGGGUGUUCAAUAAGUCAUCUCCUUGCUACCAGUCCCGGGCGGCUGGGGUUGUGUGCAAUGGCUCCUUGGGUUUGCAGACCCCGACCCCGAUGGCAACGGUGACACCGAACACCACGGUCCUGAGAGCUGAUGGAGGCUCCUCGGAUGCAGGAUCCGGCUCCCAUCUCCAUGUGUCCCUCCUCAUCCUCUGCUUGGUGCUGGCAGCGCUGCUCCUCCUCACCCUGGUGGCCUUCACCGCUGCCCUGCUGAGGGUGAGGAAGAGGAGCGCCCACACCGUGGCCUCCCUCGGGCUUCCUGGACCGGUCCUGCUGACCCACAGCGCCCAGCACCCCACUGUGUCCCCCAGGACCUCCAAUGACUACAGGGAGAUGCCCCCGAGCGCUCCCAAAGGACCAGCCCAUCCCGAGGACCCCGACUCCGAUUCUGACUAUGAACACUAUGACUUCAGCACCAAGCCCCCCAUGGCCCUGUCCACCUUCCACAAUUCCCUGCGGCGGCAGCCCCAGGAGCAGCUCCUCCUGCUGAUGCCCAAGAGGGAUGGGAUGGAGCCGUUCACUGAGGAGGCACCAGCCAGGCCAGGAUCCACAUCCCAUGGCACCACCUCCACCUCUUCCUCCGUGUCCAUGGAGCCCUAUUGCAACGGCACCGUGUCCCCAUCGGUCUGCAUGGGGCACCCUGACAGCAGCACCCAGCGGCACAUGGCACCCACUGCCCACGGCUGCACCGGCUCCGCGCCCCACAUGCCCCCCCCAGCGCUGCCCCAUAGGGGAUGUGGGGGGGUCCCCAUAUCCACAGCAGCCCCCGAUGCCAGCGACAGCUCCAGCACCUCCUCGGGGGAGUGGUCCGAGAGCCAGGGCAUGGAGACACCGGGGGACCCAGCCCCAUGGAUGGGGGGGGACCCGGCCCCAUGGAUGGGGGGGGACCCCUCCGAAGGCAGUGACUACGAUGACAUCCAGGGCUCCUUGUACUGAGGGGCCCAAUGGGGGCCCUGGCACUGCUGGGUCUCCC